AUGACUGGCAACUCCCGGCUCCCGUGGGGAAGCGAAGAUCGAGCUGCCACCUCCCCGCCGGAGCGUUUUCCUGGCACCCCGGUUAGCAUCCUGAGAGCUAGGGUUGAGGAUGCUGAUGCAUCUGAGAAAAGUGUAAAUGAAGAAAAUGGGGAAGUAUCAGAGGCAGACCAACCUCAGAACAAGCACAGCCGACACAAAAAAAAGAAACACAAACACCGAAGUAAACACAAGAAACAUAAACAUUCUUCAGAAGAAGAUAAGGACAAAAAACAUAAACACAGACACAAACAUAAGAAACAUAAACGAAAAGAGGUAGCCGAUACCUCUGACAAAGAAGAUGGACCAGCUAAAAGAACUAAAAUUGAUUUUUUAGCUCCUCUGGAAGACUUGGAGAAACAAAGAGCAUUAUUGAAAGCUGAACUUGAAAACGAGUUAAUGGAAGGAAAAGUCCAAUCUGGGAUGGGAUUAAUAUUACAAGGUUAUGAGUCAGGAUCCGAAGAAGAGGGGGAGAUUAAUGAAAAAGUGCGAAAUGGAACGAGACCGACAGCUAAGUCAAACACUAAGGGGAAAUUGGAACCUGUGGACAAUAAAACUAGUUCCAAGAAAGGAAGCAAGAGUGAAUCAAAAGAAAGGACUAGACACAGAUCUGACAAAAAGAAAGGCAAGGUAGGAGUUGAUGGAAUCAAAGAGAAGACAACUAGAAGCAAGUCAAAAGAGAGAAGGAAAUCCAAAAGCCCUUAUAAGAGAAGUAAGUCUCAAGAUCAGACAAGGAAAUCUAGGUCUCCAAUGCUUAAAAGGCGGUCUCAGGAGAAAAACAGAAAGUCUAAAUCUCCCCCAGAGGAUAGAAAUAAGGCCGAUGAUAAAAGUAAAUCAAGAGAUCGCAGGAAGUCGCCAGUUGUAAAUGAAAACAAAAGCAGAGAUCGUGGCAGAAAAUCUAAAUCUCCAACAGAACUAAGGAGCAAAUCCAAAGAUAGAAGAUCACGGUCCAAAGAUAGAAAACCUAGGAGAUCAGAGACUGACAAAGAAAAAAAGCCAAUUAAAUCUCCUUCUAAAGAUGCUUCUUCAGGGAAAGAAAACAGGUCCCCUAGACGACCUGGCCGUAGCCCAAAAGGAAGAAGCUUAUCUCCCAAACAACGUGAAAAGUCAAGAAGAAGCAGAUCCCCUCUCUUUAAUGAUCGUAGAUCUAAGCAGAGUAAAUCCCCCUCUCGAACCCGGUCUCCGGUUAGAAGAGUGAGGAGUAGAUCUGCAGAAAGGAAAAGAAGAGAAUCAGAAAGGAGGCGUCUUUCUUCUCCCAGAACACGGACCAGAGAUGAUAUUUUGUCUAGACGUGAAAGAUCAAAAGAUGUUAGCCCACCCAGCAGAUGGUCACCAUCCAGAAGAAGGUCUCGGUCCCCCAUUAGAAGGAGGUCUCGUUCACCCCUUCGACGUAGCCGAUCUCCAAGAAGGCGGAGUAGGUCUCCUCGGAGGAGGGAUAGAGGCCGAAGAAGUAGAUCUCGCCUUAGGAGGAGGUCCAGGUCACGUGGUGGCCAUAGACGUAGGAGCAGAAGCAAAGUUAAAGAAGACAAAUUUAAAGGUAGUCUUUCUGAGGGUAUGAAAGCUGAACAGGAGUCUUCAUCAGAUGAAAAUCUUGAAGACUUUGAUUUGGAAGAAGAGGAUGAGGAAGCAGAGAUAAGACAAAGAAGAUUACAACGGCAAGCAAUUGUUCAGAAAUACAAAGGCCAGACGGAAGACAGUAAUAUAUCUGUACCAUCUGAACCAAGCAGUCCUCAAAGUAGUACGCGUAGUCGCUCAAAUUCGCCAGACGACAUCCUAGAAAGAGUAGCUGCUGAUGUUAAGGAGUAUGAACGGGAAAAUGUGGACACAUUUGAGGCAUCAGUAAAGGCCAAGCACAACCUCAUGACAGUUGAACAGAACAACGGUUCAGCUCAGAAGAAACUGCUAGCUCCUGAUAUGUUCACAGAAUCAGACGAUAUGUUUGCUGCAUACUUUGAUAGUGCUCGUCUAAGGGCUGCUGGGUUUGGAAAAGACUUCAAAGAAAACCCCAAUCUCAGGGAUAACUGGACUGAUGCGGAAGGCUAUUACCGUGUUAAUAUAGGUGAAGUUCUAGAUAAACGUUACAAUGUCUAUGGUUACACUGGUCAGGGAGUCUUCAGUAACGUAGUGCGAGCCAGGGACAUGGCAAGAGCAAACCAAGAAGUAGCGGUUAAAAUCAUCAGGAAUAAUGAACUUAUGCAAAAAACUGGCCUAAAAGAACUGGAAUUUUUGAAGAAGCUCAAUGACGCAGAUCCCGAUGACAAGUUUCAUUGUCUGCGGUUGUUCAGGCAUUUCUACCACAAACAACAUCUCUGUCUGGUAUUUGAGCCACUCAGUAUGAAUUUACGAGAGGUGUUGAAAAAGUAUGGGAAAGAUGUUGGACUCCAUAUUAAAGCUGUGCGUUCCUACAGCCAGCAGUUGUUCCUGGCUUUAAAACUUCUUAAAAGAUGCAAUAUCCUACAUGCAGAUAUUAAACCAGAUAAUAUUUUGGUGAAUGAGUCUAAAACGAUAUUAAAGCUUUGCGAUUUUGGAUCAGCUUCGCAUGUUGCAGACAAUGACAUCACACCAUAUCUAGUUAGUAGAUUUUAUCGAGCUCCAGAAAUCAUUAUAGGAAAAAUCUAUGACUAUGGUAUAGAUAUGUGGUCUGUAGGCUGCACAUUAUAUGAACUUUAUACAGGAAAAAUACUCUUUCCUGGCAAAACCAAUAACCAUAUGUUGAAACUAGCCAUGGAUCUCAAAGGAAAGAUGCCGAACAAGAUGAUUCGAAAAGGUGUGUUCAAAGAUCAGCACUUUGAUCAAAAUCUCAACUUUAUGUAUAUAGAAGUAGAUAAAGUGACAGAAAGGGAGAAAGUUACUGUUAUGAGCACCAUUAAUCCAACCAAGGACCUGUUAGCAGACUUGAUUGGGUGCCAGCGACUCCCUGAAGACCAGCGUAAAAAAGUACACCAGCUAAAGGACUUGUUGGACCAGAUUCUAAUGUUAGACCCAGCUAAACGGAUUAGCAUCAACCAGGCUCUGCAGCACGCCUUCAUCCAGGAAAAAAUUUAAACCAGAUGAAGAAGUUCAAAGGGUUUGAGUAAUUAAGAUACAAAGACUGAAGAAAUUUCACAGCAGUUAUUAAUGUAUAUAAACAUAAAUAUUUCCCCUGCAAAGUUGAGGAAGAAAUGAUACAUUUGAAUUAACAUCAAGGCUGAUAUUUCUUUUAGAAAUGUUAGAGUAAUUCUGUUUUGUGUCUUAUGUGAAAAUUUUCACUGUAGAACUGUUUUAAUUGCCAAGACUGCACAGAAGUACAAUGCUAAUGUAUAUGGUUGCAGUUCGUAUAUAUUAUAAAAAGAAAAAAAGCAUCUGUUAUAAAAAAAAAAAGAAAGAAAAAAAAAAAAGAGCAGUAA